GGCUACCGUUGGCGCCAUUAUUCGCUCAACUGGAAGUGGGAAACCUCGAUUCUUGCUCUGCCUCUCUGUAAACUGUAGAAACAGGAGAACGACAAUGGCGGAGAUACUGACGCCGAUGGACAUUGAUGAAGAAACCGGCGAACGGAGCAACAAUCACUACCAGAGACCAAACAAGGGCAAAAAUGUCGUCGUCACUGACACUAAAGCUACUCCCUGGGUAGAAAAGUAUCGCCCUUUGUCCCUCGCCGAUGUCGCCGCACAUCGCGACAUCGUUGACACAAUUGACAGGCUUACCAGCGAGAAUAGAUUGCCUCAUCUUUUAUUGUACGGCCCUCCUGGUACGGGCAAAACCUCAACCAUUCUGGCUGUGGCUCGCAAGCUGUAUGGAGCACAGUACCACAAUAUGAUUCUGGAGCUGAAUGCCUCGGAUGAUAGGGGUAUCGAUGUUGUGCGCCAACAGAUCCAAGAUUUUGCCAGCACACACAGCAUCUCGUUUGGUGCAAAGUCGUCAGUGAAGUUGGUCUUACUCGAUGAGGCAGAUGCCAUGACAAAGGAUGCACAAUUUGCCUUGCGUAGAGUGAUUGAGAAAUACACAAGGAAUGCUAGGUUUGCUCUUAUCUGCAAUCAUGUCAACAAGAUUAUUCCUGCACUGCAAUCCAGAUGUACUCGGUUUAGAUUUGCCCCUCUUGAACCUGUUCAUGUCACUGAGCGACUGAAACAUGUUAUUGAGGCUGAAAGACUUGAUGUAACUGACAGUGGCUUAGCAGCACUUGUACGACUUAGCAAUGGUGACAUGAGAAAGGCUUUGAACAUUUUGCAGUCAACACACAUGGCUUCUCAGCAGAUUACAGAAGAAGCUGUAUACCUAUGUACCGGAAAUCCUAUGCCUAAAGACAUUGAGCAGAUAACUUACUGGCUUCUGAAUGAAUCAUUUGUGGAGAGUUUCAAACGAGUAUUGGAAAUGAAGACAAGGAAAGGACUGGCAUUGGUAGAUAUUGUAAGAGAAGUGACAAUGUUUGUGUUUAAUAUUAAGAUGCCAUCAGAUGUUCGAGUUCAGUUAAUCAAUGAUCUGGCUGACAUUGAGCAAGGUAAUUUCCAUCCCAUCCCAUUGAUUGGCAUGAUUGUUCACCAUAUAUGCAGAUACCGAUUGAGCUUUGGGUGCAACGAUAAACUACAGCUUGGAUCCCUCAUUAGCACAUUUACAGGUGCAAGAUCUGCACUAGUGGCUGCAGCGAAGUAGCAGUUUGGCAAAUCUGCUUUUUGUUGGACAUCUCUAGUGACAUGAGUAGGAUCUCAAGAACAUUGGUUUUCUAGUAUGCAAGUUGUGAAUCAACCAAAACAUGUAAAGUUUUAAGGUUAAUGGAUGUGUAACUUUCCCUCUAUUUAAUAGGGCUUUUCCUGUUUUUGAAGAGCUACCUUUUGCUCCUAGUUCAUUUGCUAACCCAUGUUGGUUUCCUGUUAUGUAAAGUUCAGUGCAUCAACAUUAGUUGCUCUAGCAAAGGCUUGUCUCUAAUCAGUUCCAAAUCCUCUGUAACUUGCUGCAGAUAUUUCUCAUCAUGGAAGCUCAGGUUCAGGGUGAAAUGAAGAGAAAUGUAUUUU